AUGGACCGCAUGCCUCGCUCCCUAGUCGUCGUGCUCAUCCUCCUCGUCUCCACCGCCCCCAUCGUCCGGCCAACCCCCCACAGCGACAACCUCCAGGACGCGUGCAACAAGACUCUGUUCCCCAAGGUAUGCAUCCAGUCACUGACGACUAACCCGGAGACCCGGACGGCAGACGCGCGCCGGCUGGCGGAGCUGUCCGUGUACGUGGCCAAGGAGGUGGGCACCACGGUGGCCGCGUUCGCCCACCACGAGCUCAGCGGCGUGAAGGAGGACAUCUUGUUCAAGUGCCUGGACAGCUGCUCCGACGACAUCGAAGAGACGGUAGCGCACCUGAGCGCGCUCACCCGGGAGCUCACCGACGCCAAGUUCCUCGAGGUCAAGUCGUGGCUUUCGGCCACGCUGGGAGGAACGUCCACAUGCGAGGAGAGUUGCAAGGACGCGCCCAUCAGCGACAUCAAGAACGCCGUCGUCACCAAGAGCCUCGAGUUCGAGAAGCUUCUCCGCGUAACGCUCGACCUCAUCACCGAGGCCUCUGGGUCCAUGUCCGCCGACGUCGCUGUGCCACCUACGGCCUGGGACGCCAGCGCUCCCGGAGGAUCCUACGGCGCCACCGCACCAGAGUCUUCCUUCGGCGCCACUGCACCAGAGUCGUCCGAGGGCGCCAGCGCUCCAGGCGCCGAAGAACCAUCCACUGACAGUGCGCCUGCGCCAUCGACGGAGGCACCGUCCGCCGACGUACCAUCAUCAUCCGCACCUAGCGCUGAGGCGCCAGAAUCCGGGGAAGCUGGCGCACCGUCCCCGUCCCCGUCCACGGCUGCCGGUGCUCCUGAGGCCGACUCAACGGCAUGA